AUGUCGCAGCUGCGUCAGUAUGGUAUCAAGGGAACGUCUUAUCAAGGCGCCGUCGCCGCGGAAGAUAAUCAGCCCAACGAGACCCUGAAGCGAACGCGGGCCGGUGGCCCACCAUCAUUGAGGACGACCACAGUCCCAGUUCAUCGCCCUCAUCAUCACCAGCUUCCACCUCGACCACCACGACCUCUGGGAACUCAGCGCCAUCCAGGUGAACGCGCGGGACAUCGUAGCAGAGUUGGUGGAGGGAAAAAGAACAAGAAGCGGGGCAAGGGAGCGAUGUGGAAGACAUCUGCGACGGGUCAAGGUGAGCCUCGAGUUGAUGCGAGUCAUGAACAAUCGAGAACGGGAUUGAAGACACCUCCGCCUUCGUUACCUAUGCGUCCACCGUCUUUGGUGACUCAGCAAGCAUUCGACCAACCUGGUUCUCUCGAGUUGCCCUUUGCAGAAUGGACACAAGGAUUUCAUCUACCCCCACCCACAGACACGCCCGUCUCAGCUCCCCCACCUCCAUUACCCACUCGACCUCCGCGUACACAACCUUCACUCUCUCAGAGCGCAUCGGCACCUCCGCCAUUGCCAACACGUCCAAAACCAUCCCCACUAGCCAAAGUGAAGCAGGAAACCAGAGAAGCAAGCCCAUUACCGCCUUCCCCAACCCCACAACGCCGUCUUGCCACCAAUGGCUGCAAAUACUACCCAUGGCCAGAGGAUUGCCAAAAAAACAAUCCCAAAUACAAACGUAACCGCGACCGCUACUUCCGGACCAUCGUCAAUCUUUUGAAGAGCAAGAACCUCAAGGUGAAGAAGCCGCCGCUCUUCAGGGCAGAUGGGAUGUCGGUCGAAUGGUCGAGUGUGAAGCCAGUAUGGAACGACACAUUGCUCCCUGACAUCAACGACAUCGCUUUUGCUAUCACGAGUGCGGCUACACCCGAACGACUAGCUCUAUUCUCCAAAUCCGAAAUCCGAGAACGAGACAUCUCCGCCUCGCCACGGUCCACCCCAACCCAACAUUCACAAUCCAACCCCGAUGCUCUCCCAUCUGCACACCCAUCCCCACCUCCACCGAUCAUCCGCCCCAGUCAACGCGACCGCCCUCUCCCCAAACCACCUAAAAAGACGUUCAAGCCCGUGAACAGCACUAACCUUCGCAAGGUUAGCGGACCCAAUCUUACCCAGCCAGCGAGAGGGAACGAUAGUAUUGUUAAUACCGUUAAUCGGGCGCAGAGCCAGACGCAGGCUCUGCUCCGGGUGGACGUGAAGGGUAAACGGAAGGCUGUUGAUGAGCUUCCCGGGCCGCCUCCCCUGCCUACUAGGCGACGACCUAAUACUCAGCCUUCUUCGACGACGCCUUCGACGACGAUUCCGGCUACUCCCACUACGACUGCUAGUGAGCCGGGACCUAGUUGGUCGGUGUCGGUGUCGGUAUCUCCUGAAGGUGCUAGACGGAAUCUUGGGACGGAGAUGGUGCCUCCUCCGCCUUUACCCUCGAGACCGCGAGUUACGCGGAUGUCUGGCCCCGACCCGAAGCCGACGCGCUCGACGACUCCGCGAACGGGUUCUUCCUCAUCUACGAUUCCUUCGAUACGGUGUAGUCCCCCGCUUCCGAUCGGUGAACAUGUCGCCCAGAUCAGUGCAGCGGCUUCAAGUGGAGAGCCACCACCACCGUCGUCGCCACCUUCAGUUCCCGGUGACCAGUCAUGUUUGGUUACCAUUGAACAGUCGCCUUCAAUUGUCGUUGAAAAGUCACCUUCAAUUCACGUUGAAAAGUCACCUUCAAUGCUCGUUGAACAGACAGAAUUGUUGCCCGACGAUGACAUGUCUAUGCAUGUCGAUCCUGUUGAGGAGAGGGAAUCGGUGUACGACUCGGAUGAUGAUAUUCUUUCUGUGGUUGCACCGCUGGCGCAGCAGUAUAUCAUGAGGUACAUGCGGACGUUUGAUUAUGACCGUUCGAGACUUGCAGGGGCGUACAGCCCGAAUGCGAGGUUCUCGGUUUCUGUGCAUCGCGUACCUGGUCCGCUGGGCGAGGGUGUUUCGAGUGCUGAAGUGUUCUGCCCUGAGGAUCGUAACCAUAUUUCGGCUCCGUCCACGCAUUCUUCAUCUACGCAAUCCCCAUCUCUAUCCACGCAAUCUCAAUCUCAAUCUCCAUCUCAAUGUCCAUCGCCAUCGACGUCGACGUUGACGCCGACUCGGUCGUCGUCCUCGCUACCACGGUACCACCAAGGCCGCGCAGAAAUCGUGCAAAGGCUGAAGAGUUUGGGUCCGCAUAAAUUCGACUAUAGCCGGAAUUGGAAGCCGCCGAGUUAUGAUCUUGUUUUGAGGCCUUUGCCGUAUUCGCAGUAUGCUGCUGCUACUGGUGGUGGUGGUGGUAGUGCUCGGAUGCCCAGAUCCGAAUCCAACCCUACAUCCUCGUCUUUGUACAACGGCAACGACCACGAGCGAGAAGGCCACGAGAGCAAAAUCCCGCACUCGAAUUCGAGUUCGGAACACGAAGUCGUACUCUUGACUGUACACGGCAACGUUGUGGAUACCGACCUUAACACGGGAGAGGACCACAUUGUUUCUGUGCAUCAGAGUUUUGUGCUUUGUAGGCCGGAGGAUUUGGGUGGUGGAGGAAGGGACUGCGGGGUGGUGGAAGGAGUGAAGAGGGAGGAGGAGGAAGGGGAAGGUGUGGGAGGAGUGAAACGAGAAGAAGAUGAAAGUCGGGGGCUACUAGGGUUGGGACUGGAGUUGGAUACUGGUAUGGGAGAAGACCCGUGGCCUCUACUCGCCUUGUCCCACCAGAUGGUCGUCCGGGAUGGGCCGAUGCUGUUCCCUGGUGAAGUGGAGGAUGUGGCGCCUUGGGUGUCGAGGAUACUUGAUUUGGGGUAG